AUGGAAACAACGCUCACACCAACGCCUACAACCCAAGAGUCCCACUCAGGCAUACCUCCUUCCCUCAUCCCCCUCGCAGAAGAAUCAAAACUUCUCCUACACAGCACCAGCACACCUCUAGGCCGUACCUCUGCCGCAAGAGAAGAACCACUUCCCGUCCUCCCGCCCGACGUUGACAGGCCCACGUUUAACGCUGCGAUCCAGGAACUCCGGGAAGGGCUAGGCGAGGAAUGGGUAGUGCUUAACACGGAAGAGCUAGAUGAUGGAUGGUACAUGGAGCACCCGAACACGCAUGAUGCGCAUCAUGUCUUUCCCCCCUGGGACCUCGUUUCCUCCGGCGUGUGCUACCCCUCCAGCACCGCUGACGUACAGCUCAUAGUCCGGUGGGCGAACAAGUACCUGAUCCCUAUCCACCCUAUUUCCCUGGGGCGCAACUUCGGCUACGGCGGUGCAGCCCCCCGCGUAAGGGGGAGUCUUAUCAUAGACUUAGGGAAGAGGAUGAACAGAGUGCUCAAGCUUGAUGGGGAGAACUGUUCUGCCCUCCUCGAGCCCGGAGUCACCUAUUUCUCCCUGUGGGAAACGAUCCGCGCCUCCGGUCUAGACCUGUGGGUCGACGUCCCUGACCUUGGUGGUGGAUCUGUACUCGGGAACGCCUGCGACCGAGGUGUGGGUUAUACACCGUACGGCGACCACUGGGCAAACCAUUGUGGGUUGGAAGUUGUACUGCCCACGGGGGAGAUUGUGCGGACGGGGAUGGGAGCGUUACCGGGGAAGGAGGGGGAGGACAACCCUACUUGGCAGAGUUUUCAGUAUGGAUAUGGACCGUUCUUGGAUGGGAUCUUUAGUCAGAGCAACUACGGGAUUGUCACCACGAUGGGCGUAUGGCUUAUGCCUGCUACUCAACACACAUCCUACAUGCUCACUUUCGCAGAAGAAGAGUCCUAUCCGGAAAUAAUGUCCCUCAUCCGCCCGCUAGCGAUCAACAAAGUCCUGGGCAACGUGCCCCAGCUCAGGCACGCAAUUCAGGAACUGACGAUUACCGGCCUCUCCCGCGCCUCCAUCUGGGACCAACCUGGCUCCGUACCGCCCGAGGUCGUGCGGAAAGAGGUAGCCAAGCUCCCGUGCGGGGAAUGCAGUUGGGUAUUCUAUGGCACCGUCUACGGCCCCGCUGCCUUCCGCGCUCAGCAGCUCAAAACGAUCAAGCGCCAGUUCUUCCAGCUCCCAGGGACCCGGCUCUUCCUCCCCUCCGACGUCCCAAGCACGCACUAUCUCCAUUCCCGCGCCCUGGUCUGCUCGGGUCAGCCGGUGCUUAGGGAGCUGAACUGGCUCGCUUGGGUCCCUAAUGGUGCACAUGUCGCUUUCUCACCUAUUUGUCCGACGGGGGGAGAACAUGUGAAGAAAUUGUACGAGAUGUGUAAGAGGAGGUGUAAGGAGUUUGGACUGGAUUUCUUUCCCACUUUGUGCGUCGCCUCUCGCGAAGCACACGUAAUAGUUGAGCUAGUAUACGACAAGUCAAGCCCAUCUUCCAAGCACGCCGCCUACACGUGCAUACGCACUCUGAUCGCCGAUGCCGCCCGGGCCGGGUACGGCGAAUACCGCACGCACCUCGUCUUCUCCGACCAGGUGGCAGGGACGUACAACUGGAAUGGCGGGGCACUGAUGAAGCUUAAUGAGAGGCUAAAGGAUGCGCUGGACCCGAGGGGGGUGUUGAGCCCGGGGAGGAACGGAAUUUGGCCGAGGAGGUUUAGGGACAAGGGAUGGGAGAUGGGGGAGGGGGAUGGAAGGGAGUGCAGUACCCAGGGCGUAGGGAUGAAGUUCUAUACUUAG